AUGGGCAUUUCGAUGAAUGUUGCUGCAAUCCUCUGUCUGGUAGUCAUAGCUGGUGCAGCUAUAAGGACCACCGAUGCUAUGGUUUUCACAUCGAAGAUCUCGCUCCACCUCGACGCGGCGUGCGGCCUGUUCACGGAAGAGCUGAUGGACGAAGGCGGCAAGUGCGACCCCGACGUCAUCGAGGAAGUCAUGGACGAAGCCGACGAGAUCGAGGGACUCGGCGGCAUCGACGGCGAGAAGAUCGAGGAUUACCUGGAAGAGGCCGAGGAGGGCAAGAUGUGCUACUCACCCGACGGCGAGAACGUGACGAACUUGAAGGACGGGUGCUCGGCCAUGGAGGCAGUCUGUAACGAGCAAGCCAACGUGAUGUACUGCAAGGAAAUGGCAACCGUCACCAAUACCCAGUAAACAAAAGGACCAGAAGUGUUUCGCUUGGACUACGUGGUUUCCCUCGAAGAAAAUGGUUGUCCAGUUUGCAUUACUGUAAUGACCUCUGAACAAAUCAUUCAUGAGUAUCGCAUCCGAUGGGAUUACGUCAUUAUUCA